AUGUCUAUGAUGCCGACUCCGACAGCCCUCAACUUGCAAAGCACAGUUAACUGGAUGCACAACAACAAGCCUGUCGUGAGGCCCGAAGCCGGCGUAUUUGACGACACGGAUGACCUGGUGGCUUUGGAGAUGAACGAGGACCGUGGCCCCUGCGAUGAGACGGUUGAGUGGCUGCUCCAAAAGUGCCUCCCUUCGAAGCUCACAACUCUGGUCUUCGCCUCAAAGGCAAGUGUCCGUCGCAACCGUGACCCUAUAUUUGCCUUUUUCUAA